UUCACUGUUUAUCUUCGUUUUAUACAAAAAAAAAAAUUAUUAUUGUUUAUGAAUCCUUAUUUUCCUUGCUAAAAUUAAGCAAGAAUGAACCAUUCCGGAGACUUCGUAGUGUACAGUUAUGCCCUUGGUGAUCAGGCGUGUACCACGCUCAAUCCGGCGAAUAUUGUUCAGGUCAUUCCUGCCAUCAUUCAAGCCAAUUGCCCAACGAUCCGGAUUGUGGAAAACAUUCAAAUACGACCCCCUACGAAGCCACUCUCGGUGCAGCAGCUCUCGUUUGAGGAGUCAUCCCCAUAUCAUGCUAUCAAAAGCGACGCAAAUGCACCCCCUUCAGUCCUGGUGCAGGAAGGCACGGCAGCCUUCCCGACGCAGUCUACUAACGAAAACAACACAAUUGCACUUCAAAUUCCGGCGCCUCAGCCGGAACAAACUCCGUCAACAAUACAGGAGAAAAAGAUUCGAAAACCACCGACGAAAAAGGCGAUUGCCAAAUUGAAACAAAUGCAGAAGAUGAAACCUCCGGAUCCGGAUUUGGAUCUCGACCCUCCUGUCCCAGCCAAAGUAAAGCAGAAGCCCUCCGGAAUCAGAUCGAAGAAAGGCUUUAUCUUCGAGUGCGAUAUCUGUGAUAGUCGCUUCCUGGCUGCCACAUCUUUGAAACUACACAAAACUGGCCACCGGUAUGCUGAUGCAGAGGAGAAGAAACCGUGGGUUUGUCGCUUCUGCGGUCGACACUUUUCCCAUCAGCAAACGCUGGGCGAUCACGAAAAGGUUCACAUCGACGAGUAUCGGUACAAUUGUGAAGCUUGCGGGGCCAAGUACAAUUCCAAAAGUGGCCUUAGGAAUCACUUGGCCAAGAAUGAGGCAUGCAACGAGAGCUUCCGCGAUAGGAAACUUUUGAGGAAGAAGGAAGAAGAGGACGAAAAGAAGUACGGGUGCGACGUGUGUGGCAAGAAAUAUCGACACCGGAAGUCGAUGGUGGAGCACCGGAGCUUGCAUUACAAGAGCAAACAGCACAAGUGUGAGAGAUGCGGGGCAAUGUUCGAAACAACGGGCGGGUGGAGGAAGCACAAGGCCAAUGGGAGGUGUGAGUUUUCCAAAAGUAAGUUUAAAGAUGCCGGGGGUGAUAACGGCGAGGAGAGUGUCUUUAUUCCGGAGGACAGAAAGAAGUUUUUAGAGCAGGUCAAGCAGCUGGAACAGAAACAGCCUGUGCAGGUGAAGAAGAGAUGUAUGCCGAAGCGGAAACGUAGGACGAGAUAUAGUUCUAGCGAUGACGAUCGGGAGAGUUUGCCGGAAGUACGGGUUGAUGAGGAAAAGCCUUUGAUUGAAUUAGUAACGAUAUCGGAAAUUGUUACGGUCGACGGAAGCGAGCUUAGUACAGUGUCGAAUGACGUUCUUCCAAGCGAGAAAGAAGUUCAAUUGGAAACGAUUAGCGUAGAAUAUCUAGAAAUUAAGGAUGAAACACCGAGUGGUGAUGAAUCUGUUUUGUGCUUUGUUGAUAAAGGAAGUUCAGAAAGUCCAAAGACAGAUGUUCAAAUUUUUCCGGAAAGUAUUCCGAAUGAAUCUCCUGAAGCUGCUACAUUAGAAGAUACAGACACAAACCCUACCAAAGAAGAUCUCGAGGAGAAACCUGCGGAAGAAUCUCGUGUAAAGAAACCGCGUAAACCUAAAAUCCACCAGUGUCCAACCUGUAACAAAAUCUUCGCCCGGAGCUUCGUCCUUAAGAACCACAUGCGAACUCACACGGGCGAACGCCCCUUCCUGUGUGACACCUGCUCGAAAUCCUUCAGUGAUUUGGCUACCCUAAAAGGUCACCAAGUCAUCCACACCGGCGAGAAAGCGUUCUCCUGUUCGGAAUGUUCUGCUCGUUUCGCUCGGAAGAGUGGCCUUCGAAACCACAUCACCGUCCACUUCAAUCUCCCAUGCGACGAGUGCGAUCAAAAGUUCCCCUCCAGAAAAACCCUGAUGCGCCAUAAAAUCAAGCACCAAGGAAUCCGUCCGUUCCUGUGCGACAUCUGCUCGAAGGAUUUCCGCACCAAAGCCGACAUGCAGGCUCACCUGCGGAUACACUCCAACGAAAAGCGGUACGCUUGUCCGAUCUGUUCGGCCCGGUUCAACUGUCCGUCGACGCUGCGAAGGCACCGCAAUGUUCACGCACCGCCGGAAACGCGACCCGUCUGCGAAAGCUGUGGAAAGUCGUUCUCUUCGCAGCAGGCCCUCCGGAAGCACGAAAACAUCCACAAGAACCUGAAACCGUUCCAGUGCGAUGUGUGUGCCAAGUGCUUCCGGGUGAAGGACCACCUGCGUAUCCACCAGCGGUCGCAUUCUGGCGAGAAGCCGUUCUCCUGUGAGCUGUGUCCGAAACGAUUUGUCACGAAUGGAGAUCUGAGAGUGCACCUGCGGAGGCACACCGGCGAGAAACCGUACAGUUGUGAUGAGUGUGGGGAAGCUUUCGUCGUAACGGCAGGAUUGUACAGGCAUAUGCAGCAGUCGGGCCACCAGAGUAGUAAACCGCAGGCUAUUAUCGUUCCGGAAGUCAAGCGGGCCACGUGAAGGUUUAGGAGACUGUGCUACGGAAGGU